CGUCACAGUUUUCAACGGGACGUUGAAUGUUACGCUUAGCGAAAGCCUCAAUACCCUUUGUAAAACUUUACACGCAAUCUCGUGCCUUAGCCAGUGCAUGUGGUGCCAGCAUGAAAUAUCUGAAUGUGGCCGAAAAAAAUGAUGCAGCGAAAACAAUCGCCGGUUUGUUGUCCCGUGGAUCUUCCCAACGGAGAGAAGGCUACUCUCCGUACAACAAAAUCUAUGAGUUCAACUACAAUCUACAGGGCCAAAACAUACAAAUGGUAAUGACGUCCGUGUCGGGGCAUCUUUUAAACUAUGAAUUCUUGCCAAGCUUUCGUGGCUGGCAAAGCUGCAAUCCGGAGGAUCUGUUCGAUGCUCCGGUGCGCAAAAACUGUCCCGAGCAGUACGAGAAAAUCAAGAAAACCCUCGAACGGGAGGUACGCGGCUGCUCGGCACUGAUCAUCUGGACCGAUUGCGAUCGAGAGGGUGAAAACAUUGGGUUCGAAAUCAUAGAGGUGUGCCGUGCGGUGAAACCACAGCUGCGGGUUUUGCGUGCCAAAUUUUCCGAAAUCACAGCACCCUCGAUAAAGCGUGCCAUUGAGAAUUUAGUGCAACCGGAUGCUCGUCAAAACGAAGCGGUCAACGUGCGCAGCGAGCUGGACCUACGGAUCGGUGCUGCUUUCACGCGUUUCCAGACGUUGCGGUUGCAGAAAACUUUCCCGCAAGACAUAUCGAACAAUCUUGUGUCGUACGGUAGCUGCCAGAUACCGACACUUGGCUUUGUAGCCCAACGGUAUAAGGAAAUUGAGAACUUUAUUCCGCAAACUUUUUGGAAAAUUAAGCUGACACACACAAUCAAUGAAUUGACGGUUGAGUUUCACUGGUCACGGAAUCGUCUGUUCGAUAAACAGUGUUGCGAGGCAUACCUAAUGCUUUGCCAAAACAAUCCAAUAGCGAAGGUGGUGAACGUUACACAGAAGCCGAAAAAUAAAUGGCGACCCAACCCAAUGGACACAGUUGAAUUGGAAAAGCUCGGUUCGCGAAAACUCAAGAUGAACGCCAAGCAAGUAAUGACCAUUGCAGAAAAGCUAUAUACCCAAGGUAUAAUCAGCUACCCCCGUACCGAAACUAACAUCUUUACCAGCGACAUGAAGCUAGCGCCACUCGUACAGGCUCAGGUUGGCAGCGAUCAGUGGGGUUCAUUCGCUGAAAAGGUGCUGCAAUGGGGCAUCAAUCCAAGAAAUGGCAAAAAGUCCGAUCAAGCCCAUCCCCCCAUACAUCCUACCAAGCUGCCGACAAAUCUGUCCGGCGACGAAUGGCGCGUGUACGAGCUGAUUGCACGCCACUUUCUAGCCUGUAUUAGUCGUGACGCUACCGGAUCGGAGACGAUUGUAAAUGUGAUCGUCGGCGAGGAGGAAGAAUUUACCGCCUCGGGACUAUGCAUCCACGAGCGUAACUAUCUCGAGGUGUAUCCGUACGAUCGCUGGAACGCGAAGGAAAUACAUGCGUACCAGGUUGGCCACACGUUCGAACCGACGGAGCUGGGUCUGCACGAAGGUUCGACGACAGCACCUAACAUGCUGACCGAAGCGGAUCUGAUCGCUCUGAUGGAAAAACAUGGCAUUGGUACGGAUGCAACGCAUGCCGAACAUAUCAACACGAUCAAGGAACGAGGCUACAUCGGUGAGCGGGACCGUGGAUUUCUCGUUCCCGGUACGCUCGGUAUGGGACUGGUGGAGGGCUAUGAAAUGAUGGAACUACGAUUGGCACAUCCGGAACUGCGAGCCGGUCUCGAAGCGGAUCUUAAACUCGUAUGUGAAGGGCGUAAAAAUCCGGCCGAGGUAUUAUCGGAACAAAUUGCCAAGUACAAGGAGGUGUACCGGAUAAUGUCACAAAAGGCACGUGCGCUUGAUCGUGCUCUGGGUCAACGGUUGAAUCAAACACCGCGAGAUCCACCACCGGAUGAUGAUGUUAGUGGUGGUGGUGGUGGAGGUGCCGUGGCAGCUGGAGCGGCGGCACAACCGAUGAAAGAGGUCUGCAAAUGUCCCAAGUGUGGAAACAAAAUGUGUCUUCGGUCGAAGCGUGAUUCAUCCGGAUAUUAUCUCGGAUGUAUCGCUUUUCCUGAGUGUAGAAACAAUGUAUGGUUCGACGAUGCGAUACGUGAGAUCAACGCGAUUGACGACACGUGUGCACGCUGUGGAAGUAAGAAGAUUGUGGUUAAGUUCCGCAGCGUAAGGUUUUAUGCUUUGUUGCAAAGUACGGACAUGGACGAAUAUCGGUUCUGUAUCGUAUGCGAUGAUAAGUUUCGAAAUUUGUUCAACAUUAACGAAUCCAGUGUACGAGUAUUGUCUGCUGCUAGUGCUCGUAUGCCAUCAAACGUGGGAUCGGCGGUACCCGCAGGGCCAACAAUUCUUCCAGCAGGUUCUUGGGGUUCGGGAAGCUUAACGGAACGUCGAACUACACAAACAUCCAACACAACCACAACAAGCAGCGGUACUGGACGAUCCAACACUAAUACAUCUGGCUCUAGUUCCUGGGGGACGGGGGGACAAUCGGGCACCAAUGCAAGCAACUGGGGCGGAAGUCAAUCAUCUAAACGUGGUGGAGGAUCAUCAUCUACUUGGGGCAAACCGAUCAACAAUCGCAACGAUGGUACUGGGCAUAUGAGUAACGGCUUUACAGAUUCAAACCCUUCGCGGCAAAAUUCCUGGAAAAGAACACCAAACACCACACGAGUUGGUGGCGAUGGUGGUGAUGAGGUUGAUAUUAUGUGCCGUUGUGGUACACCGGCGUCACGGUUUACAGUAAAAAAGGAUGGUCCAAACAAGGGAAGACCCUUCUUUUCCUGCCCCAAUCAGGCCAGUUCGUGUGGGUUUUUUAAAUGGGGUGAUGAAAAUAUGCCUCCGGCAAUGUCAGCGAAUGCGUCGAUGGCCGGCGGGGGAGGAGCUGGAGCAGGCUCAAUCAGUUGGGGCUCUGGUGGAGUGAACACGAGUGGCUCCAGCUGGGGACACAGUAGUAAUGACAAUGCAAAUAAAACGACAAAAACGGUCCGAAAGUGUGGCAUCUGUCGGCAGGAAGGGCACACGAAAAACAAGUGUCCACAGCGUGGCGAUUCAACCGAUUAUUGAUUCAAUAAAGCG